AUGUCGCUUAUACCGAAGAAUGGAAAAGUGGCUGUCGUCGGUAGUGGUGUUUCCGGUUUAACUUUUUCAUACUUCCUACAGAAGCUCCGGCCAGAUGUACAGAUAUCUAUCUUCGAGAAGAAUAAGCGUCCUGGAGGCUGGAUCUCUACAGAGGUACUUAAAAACAAACACGAUGGGAAAGAUAUCGUUCUAGAGAAAGGCCCAAGAACCCUCAGAGGUGUCAGUGAUGGUACAUUACUCAUAGUGGAUAUACUCAAGCAAUUGGGGUAUGGAGAUCAGGUUGAGGUUAUGAAAUCUUCAUCUGACGCCAACAGAAAAUGGCUUCUUGAUCCGUCAAACAGUUUGGUGCAGACUCCAAACUCCUUGUCUUCUUUUGUGAAGUUCUUAACUAGCGAUAUCACCAAAGGGGCGUUUAAGAGUGUCUUAAACGAGCCGUUCCAGAAACCAGCAAAAGACUUGACCAAGGACGAGUCGAUAAGAGAUUUCUUCAUAAGAAGGUUUGGGUCUCCAGCAUUGGCUGAUAAUGUCCUUAGUGCUGUCAUGCACGGAGUCUACAGUGGUGACGUUGGUAAGCUUAGUGUUAAGGCUACCCUUCCUCGUCUUCUAGAGUUAGAAGCACAGCAUGGAUCAAUUAUCAGAGGUGUGUUCAAAGGCAUGACUUCCGGCAAGAAACCAAAGCAGCAAUUAUCGUCACAAUUGACUCAGUACCAGUCCUUGGUGGCUCCUGAAAGCGACAUGACCAGCUUGUCUGAAAAACUAAAGAAAUUUCCAAUCAUGAGGUUACACGAUGGACUACAAGUGUUUCCGCGAGUGUUGAGUGAAUACCUUCAAAAGCAGAAGAACGUGGAAUUAAUCUAUGAUGCCGCCGUUGAGGAGGCUGACUUUCAGGGGAACCUCACAGUUAAUGGAAAACUGCAAAAGUUUGACCAUGUGAGGUACACACUGAGUACUUUGGGACUCGCUAAGUUAAUCAAAAAUCCAGAGCUUUCAAAAGUCUUAACAUGCUUGAUACCUGAGAAUGGCAGUGGGUUUGGAUUUUUGGUGCCGAUAAGGAAUAAGAACCCAGAGUCUCUCCUUGGCGUGAUCUAUGAUUCUGAUUGUGAACUGGACGCCGUCAGAUUCGUGGAUGAGACGACGAUGCCAAAGCAACCGUACCACAAAGUCACCUUAAUGAUGGGAGGUCAUUUCUUCAACAGCAGAGGAGUGCCAUCUAACAAAAUUAACGUCGGAACAGCCCGCAAAGUGCUUUCUGAUAUUUUGCAUGUUGACUUGACAAAGUUCAAGAACAUCAUCAUUCGUGACGAGGCGAAUGAAACUAGCAAGGUAAUCGACGUUGGCGACGAAGAUCUACUCAUAUCUUAUAACUUGCAUGAAAAUUGCAUUCCUCAGUACAAUGUCGGUUUCCUUGAGAAUGUCAGCAAAAUGAAAACGCUCAUUACCAAGGAAAGCGAUGGACAUUUCACCAUGGGCGGAACGGCAUUGGGCAAAUUGGGAGUACCUGAUUGUGUAAUGAACGCCUUUGAGGAUGCUGUCCUUUUGUCAUAA